AUGCCGCCAAGAGGUAGAGGACGUGGAAGGGGUGUUCCACUCCACCCACCUGCCACCAUCGAGCAGUUACUAGCAGUCCAGACGCAGCUUAUGGAAGCCCUGGUGAACAACCAACAGAAUCAUCCAAUCGGAGGAGCACCACCGCGUGAUAAGCGGGGUGAAUUUUUGAAAGGCCAUCCCCCUGUGUUCACACAUGCUACUGAUCCACUGGAGGCAGAUGACUGGCUUCGAGCAGUGGAGAAGCAACUCAACAUAGCACAGUGUGAUGAUAGGCAGAAGGUGUUGUUCGAAUCUGGACAACUUCAGGGAGAAGCUCAGACAUGGUGGGAGUCGUUUGAGUAUGGACGACCUCCCAAUGCACCUGCUAUCACAUGGCUGGAGUUCAAGGAGAACUUUAGGUCCUAUCACAUACCUGAAGGGUUAAUAGAACUGAAGGCUGAGGAGUUCCGGAAUUUGAAGCAGGGUUCUAUGACAGUUCCAGAGUAUAGGGACAAGUUUGCUCAGUUGUCGCGCUAUGCUCCCAGUGAGGUGGCUAAUGAUGCUGAUAAACAGCGCCUCUUUUUGAAGGGAUUGUAUGAUGGGCUCCAACUCCAGCUGAUGUCCAAUGAAUACCCCAACUAUCAGACGCUUGUGAACCGUGCUAUCGUGGUGGAUAACAAGUGUAAGGAGAUGGAUGCUAAAAGGAAGAGGAUGCAGGGACAGGCCUCCGGAAGAAUACUCGUCCAUGCACCAACCAGCAGCAAGGUUCUUAGCAAAGAUGUGAUUCUGGGAAUGGAUUGGAUGAAACAACAAGAUGCAUCAGUUGAGUGUAAAGGAAAGGCAGUUGCACUAACGACACCAAAAGGGGACAGAAUCUGUGUGGAAGUUGCAGUUCAGCCACAGCCAACAGCUACAGUAAACCAGCUUGAUAACAAUGUCAAUCAGGAGGGCCUGGUUGUUGAUGAGUUCCCAGACGUGUUCCCCGAUGAUUUGCCAGGCCAUGUUGUCUCUAAUGGAGGAAUAGCGGUGGAUCCAAGCAAGGUGAAGGAUGUGCUCGAUUGGAAACCACCUACGGAUGUGAGUGGAAUCCGUAGUUUCUUGGGAUUGGCUGGUUAUUACUGA